AUGCCGCCGUGUAAGGAUGUGGAGCAGGUUUCAGUGCGUGCGGCUGAUGGGACAGAAGCUCAGGAUUCAGUCUGGAGCGUCAGAGAUCAGAGAUCCAGAGACACACAGGACUCAGAGCUCAGCCUCACUUUACUCUGUUAUACUGACGCUCAGGAUCAUGAAUCCACUGAUCAAACCUCUGACUGUAACGCUGGAGAACAGCAGAUGCUGCAGACGCCGCUGAAGAUGUGCUCCGUCAAACUGCUGGACUGCAGGAACCUGAUGGAGAGCCGAGGAGAAGAAACCACCGCAGAGAAAGAACAACAACACACUGAUUGUGUUUGUCAGGAUGUGGAGCAGGUUUCAGUGCGUGCGGCUGAUGGGACAGAAGCUCAGGAUUCAGUCUGGAGCGUCAGAGAUCAGAGAUCCAGAGACACACAGGACUCAGAGCUCAGCCUCACUUUACUCUGUUAUACUGACGCUCAGGAUCAUGAAUCCACUGAUCAAACCUCUGACUGUAACGCUGGAGAACAGCAGAUGCUGCAGACGCCGCUGAAGAUGUGCUCCGUCAAACUGCUGGACUGCAGGAACCUGAUGGAGAGCCGAGGAGAAGAAACCACCGCAGAGAAAGAACAACAACACAGUGAUGAGGAAGAGGAGGAGGAGGAUGAGAAUAAUGGGGAUGAUGAUGAUGAAGAUUUCAUUCCUCCAGAUGACGAAGGCUGUUCAUCUUCUGACAGAGAAACAGACUUAACAUCAAAAGAUCAGCUGACGGUCAAAAGUUUCUCCUGCGCCACCUGUGGAAAAACACUGAGUUCACAGAGAAACCUAACGAGACACGAGAGACAACACACAGAAAAGAAAUGCUUCACUAACACCAGCUUUCCUACCGCAGAAGAGAGGAGACUUCAUUCAAAAGAGCACAGCAUGAAGAAGGAGUUUCACUGUGAACAGUGCGGGAAGGAUUUUUUCUUUCAUUCUAGUCUAAAAGUUCACUUGAAGACUCACAGUGAAAAGUCUUUCCACUGCAGCGAAUGUGACAAGUAUUUAAGCACCAAACAAUCUCUUCUUGCUCAUAAGCGAAUCCACACGGGAGAAAGACCGUACAAGUGUCCUCACUGUGAGAAGAGCUUCAAUCAUGGAUCUAAUCUGAAGACACAUGUGCGUGUUCACACCAAUGAGAGGCCGUAUCAGUGCAGUGAAUGUGGGAAAACCUUUAGGCAGUUAUUUUCUCUGAAGUCACACCAAAGUGUACACUCUGAUGAGAAACCGUUUCAGUGCAAACACUGCGACAAACGAUUCCGUCAAAGAUCUAAUCUGAAUCGUCACGAACAGAUUCACACCGGAGAGAAACCAUAUCACUGCAGCGUUUGUGGGAAGAGUUUCAGUAAGGUUGAUACUUUACAAAAGCACAAGAGGGUGGGUCUGAAGAAGGAGUUUCACUGUGAACAGUGUGGGAAGGGUUCUUUCAUUCAUUCUAGUCUAAAAGUUCACUUGAAGACUCCCGGUGAAAAGUCUUUCCACUGCAGCGAAUGUGACAAGUAUUUCAGCACCAAACAAUACCUUCUUGCUCAUAAGCGAAUCCACACGGGAGAAAGACCAUACAAGUGUCCUCACUGUGAGAAGAGCUUCAAUCAUGGAUCUAAUCUGAAGACACAUGUGCGUGUUCACACCAAUGAGAGGCCGUAUCAGUGCAGUGAAUGUGGGAAAACCUUUAGGCAGUUAUUUUCUCUGAAGUCACACCAAAGUGUACACUCUGAUGAGAAACCGUUUCAGUGCAAACACUGCGACAAACGAUUCCGUCGAAGAUCUAAUCUGAAUUGUCACGAGAGGAUUCACACCGGAGAGAAACCAUAUCUGUGCUCCUACUGCGGAAAGAGCUUUUCUAGUCCAUCUCAAUUUGUAUCUCAUAAGAGAGUCCACACUGGAGAAAAACCAUAUCACUGCAGCGUCUGUGGGAAGAGUUUCAGUAAGGUUGGUACUUUACAAAAGCACAAGAGGAUUCAUACUGGAGAAAGACCGUUCAAGUGUUCUCACUGUGACAAGACGUUUGCUCGAUCAGGCGUCCUUAAGGUCCAUCAGCGAGUUCAUACAGGAGAGAAACCUUACUCCUGCUCCAUCUGCGGCGAGAGAUUCGCUUAUUUAGGUAGUUUUCAGACCCACCAGAACAAACACGCUAAAGAACAAACUGCUCCAGAAUCAUCAGAGUGACUUUCAUCAGUCAAUCUGGAGAAAAAAACUAAAAAAUGUUCAUUGAGCUCUUACUGCCAGUAGGGGGCAGUGAUUUUUUUUAAUGCGGUGGAUUGAUCCAAGUGCUGUAUAUAAAGUAGAGUAAUGAUUUUAUGUUAAACCAGACAGAACUAUUAAAAAUCCUCAAAAUAAAAUACUACAAUAAUACGAGCGCCUGGAUUUCAUAAGGCUGUUAAUCAUGUUUUAUGUGGUGAAAUGCAUGAAGGAGAGUCACUGGCAAAUACACUCUGUUUUUCAUUGCUGGACCGGUUUCUUUUAAUCAAGAAAGAACCAUGGUUUAUUAAUUAUCCAUUUCUUCACUGUUCUUCCAGAGCAUUUAUGCUGCCGUGUAAGGUAAGAUAUUUACUUGGUAGAAACGAAUCCUCUGGGUGGAUAAGUUUGGUGGUUUUGUGGGAGCUACUU